AUGGGUAGCCAGAAGCGCAUUGCCAAGGAGCUGACCGAGCUCACUGAGUCGCCGCCAACGGGAAUUCUCGUCGAACUCGCUGACGAAGCCAACCUAUAUGAGUGGAAGGUAUAUAUGGAAGGACCCGAAGGAUCACCAUAUCAAGGCGGACGAUUCCUAGUCAAACUCUCUCUCCCAACUGGAUACCCUUUCAAGCCCCCCACCGUCUCCUUUGCAACCAAAAUCUACCACCCAAACAUCACAAACGACGAAAAGGGAAGUAUGUGCUUGGGCAUGCUGAGGGCCGAUGAAUGGAAACCCAGCUCAAAGAUAUCUGCUGUCUUACAGUUUGCUCGUCAGCUACUAUCGGAGCCUAUGCCAGAUGAUGCUAUUGAGGGGCGAAUCGCCGACCAAUACAAAACGGACCAGAAGCGGUACGAUGAAAUUGCGCGGGAGUGGACUCGCAAGUACGCUGUUGCAGAAUGA